GCGCGCAGCUCCGGGAGACGCAGUCGGUUUUCUUUCUCUCACCGUGAACGCGCGAAGUGAACGGAGGCCAGGGCCAAGAUGCGACGGUGCUAGCGUCGAAAUCUACCUCCCAUCUCACACGCCCCCAUCCCUGUAAAUUAAUAAUAAGUAUUAUUAUUAUUAUAAUUAUUAUACUAAUAGCCUAAUCACAAUAAAAGCACCAUGCGGAUGAUUUAAGGAGCCCGGGAGCGCGGAGAUCUGUGCGUCAGGAUAGAUAUUGUUUUGCCUGAGCUUUGGUGCGCAGGUGCGCCUUUACGCUGCGGCAGGGCAGGAUGGAGUUCAAGCAGCUGGUGGACGCGGCGGAAAAAUGGUGCUCAGGAAACCCAUUCGAGCUGAUCUUCGCCGAGGAGGUGGACGAGCGCAGGAUGGACUUCUACGCCGAACCUGGCAUCUCGUUUUAUGUGCUGUGCCCUGACAACAUGACAGGAGGUACCGACACUUUUCAUGUGUGGAGUGAGAGCGAGGACUGCCUGCCAUUCCUGCAGCUGGCACAGGACUACAUCUCCUCCUGCGGACACAAAACCCUGCUGGAGGUCCUUGAAAAAGUCUUCAGAUCUUUCAGACCUCUCCUGGGUCUUCCAGACAUUGAUGACGACACGUACGAGCAGUACCAUGGAGACGUGGAGGAGGAACCAGAGACGGACCAUCAGCAGAUGGGUGUUAGCCAAUAAUAUGCUCAGUGAGGUGGAUCGACCUUCCACAGGCCGGAGCGUUGCUUCAUUCCUUCUCUUUUUUCCUUCUUCCAAGCCAUCUUCACAUUUCUACUGUUUUAUGAUAUGCACUAUCCCUCUGUCUUACACACUCACACACAUGCACCACAGCUUGUUAUAAUGCACGAGUUCGCCCUUUACCAUGUACCAUUCCACCCAAAACCAUUCUCAGUCGACCUCCCAUGUCCUUCUUGUUUUAUUUAAAAAGCCCUUGCAGAAAAAAAAUCGAAACAAUUUCAGGUUUCUGUUGGUUCCCGUGUAAUGGUAUUUUGUGUAAUGGGUUGGUAUCAAAGUUUAAUGGGUCCUAAUGGUUUAACAGGUAACGUGUGACUGAUUUUUGGACGUCCUUAAUGGACUUCUAAUGGGAUUCAAGAGUCUGAUGUCUCUGAUGGUAACAUUAUUGUAAUAAGCUGUGGUUCAGUUGCUUAACGGACCUUGUAGGCUUUGUUAUAUAAUCCUGCAUUUCAGGCUAUGUGUAAGAAAACAGGAAAACGUUUAUAUGCAGAAUUUAAGCUUAUCUGGUGUUAGCAUAUCUGAACAAUAUUUCAUCCAGUUAAUAUAAAUAUUAGAGAAGGCAUGAUAGCACUUUUUUCUUUUCAGAUACUCAUCAACAUCGAAACCCGGUUGAUUUUUAAAAAAAAUUUUUCCUUUAAAAACUGCUAAGGUUUCAUUAAUUUAUUUAUUUAAUGAUUUUUUAAUUUAAUCGCUUCACUUUAAAAAUACAAGAAAAAAAAACCCACAUGGCUGAAAACACGACUUACACAAAAUCAGAACUCAGCUUGACUUUUUUUUUUUCCCCACACAAAAAUCACAGAUGUUGCAAAUAGAAUUUAAUUUCUGUUUAUAAUAUCAUAAAGUAUAAAACAUAAAUAUAAUUAAAUCAAUCUGAAUAAAAAUACAGCUAGGUCUCUUUAUUUGGAAACAUUUCCAGUUUCAAAAAAAUAUUUUCCAAAUUCAAUUCCAGGAUCGGAUCGAAUUAUUUGUUUUUCUCCAAUAUCCGAUCCACCAUUUGGCAUCAGAUCAGUGCCAUCUUGGAUACCUAUCCCCUAUAUAUAAACCCUGUAUACUGAAUCUGAACCUAAAUCAAUAUCUAAUACACAUGUGGGAACCAUUAAAACCAUUAGAGCUUGUUACAUUGUUUAAUGGAACCACCAGGUUAAUCCCAUUAGGAAGGAAACAAAAAUUUAUGGUUUUUUUUUUUUUAAGCAAGGAGGAUUUAUGAACCAUAUUAAACAUACAUUCAUUCAUAAAGCUCUUCUGAAUACAUGACAUAGCUAAAAUAGCUUAAUAUUUCCCCCAAAUUGUCAGGAUAGUUCAGCAGGUGCUUUAAAUUUAGGCUUUCAUCUUAACAAUGAUGAAUAGAGCUUAUCUUUCUGGAUGUCUGUACUUAGAAAGUCGUGACUGAUUUUCUGGUGAAUAGGUGACGAGGUGUCGUAAUGUCUGAGACCGAUCAGUGCUUUCAAAAGUCAGAGGCAAUAUAUCAAAGUCUUUGAAAUACUCAUCAUAGCAUUGGCUUUGUCCUUUUAUGUCUCAAUAUCUUUGAUUAUAUGACCAUGAAUUGAAUAGGAUUAGUGAUCGCAGUAAAGCUCUCAGCCCUAGAUCGGAGAUAGCGUGAUUGCAUUUUCAGCUUUGUGUAAAGACAAGCCUUCGUUUGCACUUAUGCAUCGUGGUUACUUUUCUUUUUGGUCUUCAAUAGUCUUUGAUUGUAUUAAACUUUGGGCAUGUUUUCACACAAAUCAUGGAUAAUUAUAGACUUCCUCCGUGAUGUUUUCCUCCACAAUUACGCUAAAGUAAAAGCCUGAGUUGAGCUUUAAUGUGUGAAGUACAAUAAGCGUGAACGUGUUGAUCUGAAAAAGCAGCUUCCUCUUUUUUUCAUCAUCUCAUUCUGACUGAGAAAAAUAUGAUCGUCAUCCAGCACACAGUCUUCAUGAUUAAAAGCACUGAGAUGACUGAAGUCUGAUACAGCCCACAGCAAAUUCUUUCUGGACCGCUUGACCAAUGUAAACAGGUUAGCAGGACCAGCAGGAACGUCACAUGUUGUUCCAGGAUACAAAGAAAGCUGAUAUGAUCCUGCUGACUUCAGAUGUUUACUGCUCACCAAAUGCUGCCAUCAGACCCCUGUAUCUCUCACACACUCACUGCUUCCAUUCUGUCUUCCUCAGCAUUAAGCCAUCCACAUGUAAUGAAGUCUGGUAUAAGAUCAAUCAAAGCUACUCUUCUAUUUUCAUAUUUUAUUUAUUUGAUCAUCCAGCUUUAACACUCUGCAAGCUUUUGUAUAUCCUCCCCCCCCCAAAUGUACACCUUUGGGUAUUUACCUGAUUAAAACAACUAUCAUUAUUUUAAAGACUUUAAGUUCUAACUAAAGUUUGCUUAAAGAUGUAAUUUUAUAAUUUGUCUUGUUUUAUCCCGUGCUUUAUCUGAUUUGUUUCGUCCUCAAG